GAUGAAUCCAGUUGCGCGCUAGUGUGAUGGCUAUAUAUUUAGCUUGUUAUCAAAAUACAUACAGUAGCUCAUGCCAAAGAGAUAAUGCACUUUCUAUGGAGUAUCAACUUCCUGGUGUGAUCAUAUGAUGAUAUAUCUUCCCUAUCAGAUGUUCUUKGGUGGAAUAAUUACGGAAUCAGUUGGCACGCAACCCAGUACAACAGUCUCGAAGUACAUUUGUUUACAUAUUGAAAUGGCGUUUCAUAUCUAAUUGAUUGAUGCCAGGUUUAAACUGUGUUCCAUGAAAUAGGUGGAACUAUUUGUAUGUUUCUAAUUUAUGGGGGCAGAAUAGGCGGUUGCACUUCUUUUUUGUGAUUGGUUUUUCAGCGGUGCCCUUCUUUAAAUCGACGGCGGAAGGAUUAUAGAGAAAUUAAACGAUUCAAUGCAAGAUGUCCACUGAAGUCGAGUUUUUGCGUGAUCAAGUCCAAAGGCUGAACUCUGCCUUGAGUCACUAUCAGGAUAGGCACCGCUCUCAAGAAACAUCAGCACCACAGGGUGAAGAGGAGACACACACAGAGACCCCAGCCCCCUGGCUUGCUGACCAGAGUAUAAUGGCUCCCCUCCUAUCAGAGUAUGACCGUCACAUGGAUGACAUGACUGAACAACUGCAGCACUACCAGAUGCAGAUGACUGCCAUCAGACUGAAGCUGGACACGGUGGUCAAGGAGAAUGAACGGCUGCAUGCUGAGCUGAGGGGGUCCGUAGAGAGGCAGCUGCAGACCCUCCCAGUCAGUACAGGACCAGGGGUGGAGGGGGACACACUGGGGGACGAGGGGCUCAUCAGCAACCUUCACGAACAGAUCCAGCUCUCUGUACAGGAGCGAGACCAGGCCAUGGAGCUGUGGCAGGCCUCAGCCCAGGAGCUGGACCGUUUACAGCAGCUCUACCAGAUAACCACCUCUGACGGACAGCUCCAUGUUGCCGAGCAACAGCGCCUCAAGGUAGACGUUCUCCCAGUUUGGCCCCCAGAGGGCAGCGUUGUUAUGGAGCUCAUCCCUCUCCCAUUGAGAUCAGAUCAACUCAUCCAAUUCCAGCAGCACAUCCAGAAACUCCAAGUCACCAAUCAGAAACUGGAAUCUACCAACCAGCAGUUCCUGAAGACGCUGACAGAACAGAGCACUGAGAUGGAGGAGCUACGCAACCAGCUCAGAUCGGCCAAAGCAGAUCUGAGGAUGGCCACAGCCAAGGUGGAGGAGAUGACCAAGCUGAUGCAGAACGUCCAGGAGCAGAUACAGAGACGGGAGGACGAUGCAGCAGAGGCUCAUGGUAGAGAGGAGGCCUCAGAUCAAAGACUCUACCAUCUCCAGUCAGCCCUCAGUCAGCUAGAGGCCAGGUUGAAGGCAGCUAGUCAGGAGGCAGAGAGUGUACGCAGGGAGCAGGUUGGUGUGGAGAGACAGGUAGGGAACACUUCCUGUCUCCUGCAGGUUGAAGGCAGCUAGUCAGGAGCAGAGAGUGUACGCAGGGAGCAGGAGGGUGUGGGAGAGACA